AUGUAUACUUCCAUCAUAACCCCUUUGUGGAUCAAAUUCAAAAGGCACAGUUGUAUUAUUGACUAUUUAUUACAAUGGCUUAUGGGAAAAAACCAUAUUUUUAGAAUACUAUUGACUAUUUACUACAAUUGCUUAUGGGAAAAUGGUGUAUUUUAGAAGAUUUAGAUUCUUUUGUUGCUGUCACUUUGAAGUUCUUGUCAGUCAAGUUUGCAGGAUAAGACAACAGUAGUCAUACAUGGUUACAGUUUCUGGCAGUAAAUUUUAUACAGUGCAUUCAUCAAUGUACGAGUAGUGCAUUCAUAUUUACUACUAACAAGGAAUAGAAAAAGAGAAAUAAACUUUACUUACAACAUGAACAAACUUUUUUCUUAGAAAUAUAGAUGUUAGUUCCCCGAUGUGCCAGUUCCCUUACCUUCAAUCAUAAUGUUAUUAAAUUUCCUAUCUAUUAGGAAAUGUUGUGAGAAAUGUGUAUCAGUGACAGUGGGGAAUUGGGAAGAAAUGCCUUUACUACUAAAUUUCUUCAGUAGCAAGUGGGUGUAAUUUACACCCCAAACAGACAGAAAGGUGGAAUUGUAGCAGCCUAGCUUAAGGAAGAACAGUCUUUCCUUUGAAGAAACUCUUUUAUAUCCUGAUGGAAAAUUUUGGUCAAAGACCGUAUUUUUCUCCUUCAAAAGAAAAUGAAAUGCCAUUUAUCCGACAAGUUUCAUUGUGUUUCAUUUUGCUUUCAGCAAUUUUGCCAAUAAGAGGUAUACAAAAUUAAUUGGAAAUACAUUCAGUAUGACUUCUCUCACUUGCACAUAUCCUAAUUUUCCUGGAUUUGGGGGAGUGGGAGGGGAAGGGAGUAUUUCAAAUCGCAGGAGCUAUAAGGACAAGGAGGGAAAUGAAAGCCUUUCUUCUGCUAGAGGAGACCAGAGGUCAUUCAACAUCCAGUCAGCUGAAAACCAAUGUGACUGCAUCCUGAAAGUGCACUGCAGGAUGGGAGGAGAAGAGACAACAGACAGAAGCUGGCCAGGGGUUCAGGAAGAGCUUUCUAGGAAGAGCCCGAGGGAAUUUAGGGAGGAAUUUCGUAAAUGUAUGCUUGAGAUGGUAUGCUGUCAUUUAGAGCAGGGUUGGGAAGUCCCUCCCAGUGCUGUAUUCUGGGCUCAACCCCUUACUCCAUCCCUAACAAGUCUGGCAGCUAUUUCCUUUUGUUUUUCAUAAGGGUGGUUUGAGGGCAUAGCCCAUGCUCUUAUCUUACUUCAUGUCUUGAGUCACUCAGGCUUACUGUAAGAAAAACUGUAAGAUGCUCAGACCUUCCACAGGAGGACUGGAAAGUGGGUGCAAAUACAAAUUCCUCUUUUGGCCUCUUCUGUUGAUGUCCUCCUUCUGCGGUAGCAGGCACAGAGGACAAGGAAGGGUGUGUUGACUUCAGGCUACCAGAGUAAGGUUCAGGUGCCAGUCUUACCAGUGCAGACCGGUCUAUCCUGAGAGGCUCCAAGCAACUCCUAACUAUCCUUCCAUAGCCAAAAUACCUAUGCAGAUCGAGGUUAGAUCCCCCCCAGCUAUGCUACAUCUGCAGUAAUGACAUUCCUGGAGCCAAAAAUAAUGGUAACAUCAAUAACUGCUCGAGAAUUAAUACCUAGAGAUUCAUGUGGUAUAUCCUGAAAACAACUUGUAUAUAUUUAGAUGCGUUCUGUUUGCCCAGAGUAAGCUGAUUGUAGUGCAUAACGUUGUAAUCACAUGCAGAUUAUUUAAAGUUGUUUUUUUAAUUUACAGAGUUAAUGUACUGUGAAAUCACUAAGUCUGACCUCCAAAUCAAGUCAAUUCGGUUUGGGGAGUUUCCCCAUCCUCCCCCAUACCUCUCUUUUCUCCCUACUGGUUGUUGGAUAGUGAAGAUUUUGAAGGUGAAGAUGUCAAACCAUUUACUCCUGAGAAAACCAAGGAAAUUGUGAUGUCUCUACAGCAGCCCGCAGUCUUCUGUAACAUGGUUGGUGACUGGCCAGCCCUGCACUGGAAUGCAAAAUACCUUUCUGCAGUUUUGGAUGGAAAGAUGAUCCAGUUUAGGCUAGGUCUGAAGAUGGUGGAUUUAGGCCUUCCAGAAGUGACCUGACCUUGAGCUGAAAGGCUCUAUCAGUCAGGCUGACCAAAGCAUGACAGGAGCAAAACACUGCUGUUCCCCAGUUUGAAACCAGGUGUAGCUACGUGAUGGCUACACUUGAAGAGUUUUUGGCUUGGAGUUGUGGGCAGCCUUCUUGCCUCUCUGGACCAUUCAGUUGUUACGAGUACUCCAAAUACUGGGCUUACGCUGACUACAAAUACAUUGCCAGGAUAUUUGAAGACAAGCCAGAAAUUUUCCAGGAUAUAAGGUGGUCUGACUUUGGUUUUCCUGGAAGAAGUGGAAAAGAGAGUACGCUUUGGAUUGGUUCUGAAGGAGCAAACACUCCUUGCCAUUUGGAUUCCUACGGCUGCAACUUAGUGUUGCAAGUACAAGGAAGGAAGAGAUGGCACCUCUUCCCGCCUGGUGACACCAGUUUCCUUUAUCCCACCAGGAUCCCUUAUGAGGAAUCCAGCGUAUUCAGCAAAGUCAACGUUGCCAACCCUGAUCUGAAACGCUUUCCUGAGUUUAGGAACACAACAGCCCAUGUCGUUACACUCAGUCCAGGACAGGUCCUGCUCGUUCCAAGGCAUUGGUGGCACUAUGUGGAAUCCAUUGAUCCCAUCACUGUCAGCAUAAACUCUUGGAUUGAACUGGAUGCAGAUCAUGAAGCCCGUAUAGAAGAAGCAAUAACUCGAAUGCUGGUAUGUGCCAUAAAAUCAGCAGAAAAUCCCAGUGAUGGAGAUCUCUGGCUAAAUCCCACAGAGGUUGAGGCAACAUCCCAUGAAAUCAAUCUUCAAUACCUGAAUAAAGCAGUGUCUGAAUACUUCAAGUGUCAAAAGGCAAGUGUGUCAGAGCAGACAUGUUCCAGCAGCACUGGUGCAGAGCAAAGGACAAGAGCCUCAUGCAAGAGGAAGAAAAAGGAAGUUGGCUGUGAACCAGAGGGCUAUAGAUUACUAACCCAUGAAUUUGCCUUUUCGACCUUUAAAGCAGAAAAGCUGCAGAAAAUACCUUUUGGGCCUCAUCUUAUUCAAGUUUUACCACAGUCUCAAGAGGGAAGCUCGAUGGGUGCAGUUGCAAGUGACACUAGAAAUCUCCAUGAAGAUGAAGGAGGACAUUUUGGAAAAUUACACAGUGCCAGGAAGCAAUUGGUAAUGAGUAACGAGUGUGAAACGCCUGCACAUCCAGUGGACUCAGAGGGCAGUCCAGAUGCCUCACAAACAGCCCUUUCUACCAAUGAUUUGCUAGACUGUUUGGUUAAUCCACAUGUCAUCAAUUUAGUGGCUCGGUUGCUGUUGGAGAGAACAAGAGUUUAAUGCCAGAGUGUUUUAUAAUUUCUGAAAUAAAGAAAUCAAAUGGCA